AAAUCUUUAAAAAAAUAAAAAUUAAAAAAAAUGGAAUGACGAAUAAUCUACACCAUCCUUUUCUCACAGUGGCGUCCAAAUUCCAGCCAAAGGCAAACAAUUUUCUUUUCAGGUAGCGAAGUGUUUAGAACUUAAUGCUGUAUAAGUCAGACGAAUCUACUUCGGCCUCCGCUAGAUCAAUCACUAGCCGUGCGAUCUUGCACAAGUCUUAUCACCUACAAACCUAACGCAUUAGCGCACGCAAUGCAUCUUGGACCCAAACAGUAUACAUGCUUUUUUGUACUGAGUUAAAAGUGACGCCCUCCAAGGCUAUAGCAGCAGGCACGGCGACAAGACGCUGGCACCGUGUUGAUGACAUCACUUCCGGGGCGACAGGUUUGGCCUCUUGCUUUUGCAAAAACGCUGUCGACGGUCUUUGCUAGGGAAAGGAUACCAGUACUAGCUACAGUCGUUGAGGAGGAAGGAGUUAUCUAUUGAGUAAGUAUGUUAAUACUGAAUAAGACAGCAGGAGUUUUUUCUAAACCAUCAAGAAGGAAAACUUAUGAAUUUUUAAGAAGUUUUACUUUUCAUCCUGGAAAACUGUUUCUUCAUAAACUAGUGUUGGGGAUUGAAACCAGCUGUGAUGAUACAGCAGCUGCUGUGGUGGAUGAAACUGGAAAUGUGUUGGGAGAAGCAAUACAUUCCCAAACUGAAGUUCAUUUAAAAACAGGUGGGAUUGUUCCUCCAGUAGCUCAGCAACUUCACAGAGAAAAUAUUCAACGAAUAGUGCAAGAGGCUCUCUCUGCCAGUAAAGUCUCUCCAAGUGAACUCUCAGCAAUUGCAACUACUGUAAAACCAGGACUUGCUUUAAGCUUGGGAGUAGGCUUAUCAUUUAGCUUACAGCUAGUAGAACAGUUUAAAAAACCUUUCAUUCCCAUUCAUCAUAUGGAGGCUCAUGCACUUACUAUUAGGUUGUUAAAUAAAGUACAAUUUCCCUUUUUAGUUCUUUUGAUUUCUGGAGGUCAUUGUCUAUUGGCAUUAGUUAGAGGAGUUUCAGAUUUUCUGCUUCUGGGAAAGUCUUUGGACAUAGCGCCGGGUGACAUGCUUGACAAGGUAGCAAGAAGACUGUCUUUGAUAAAACAUCCAGAGUGCUCCACCAUGAGUGGUGGGAAGGCUAUAGAACAUUUGGCCAAACAAGGAAAUAAACUGCAUUUUGAUAUCAAACCUCCCAUGCAACAUGCUAAAAAUUGUGACUUUUCUUUUUCUGGACUUCAGCAUGUUGUUGAUAGGCUAAUAACGCAAAAGGAAAAAGAGGAAGGGAUCCCCAAGGGGCAAAUCCUGUCUUCAGCUGCACACAUCGCCGCUGCAGUGCAGCACACAGCAGCGUGCCACAUUGCAAAAAGAACUCACCGCGCCAUUCUGUUUUGCAAGCAGAGACAGUUGUUAUCUCAAAGUAACGCAGUACUGGUUGUAUCUGGAGGCGUUGCAAGUAACUUAUACAUCCGAAAAGCUCUUGAAAUUGUAACAAACGCAACACAGUGCACUUUGUUGUGUCCUCCUCCCAGAUUGUGCACUGACAAUGGCAUUAUGAUUGCAUGGAAUGGUAUUGAAAGAUUGCGUGCUGGCGUGGGCGUUUUACACAACACAGAAGGCAUCCGCUAUGAACCCAAAUGUCCUCUUGGAGUAGAUAUAACAGAAGAAGUUGGAGAAGCUGCCAUAAAAGUACCACAGUUAAAAAUGGAGAUUUGAUUUUUGCUUUUCAAAAAAAUCCCUAAAAGUAGUAUUUCUACUUUAAGUUGUGAUUUUUUUUUUGUAUUUCAAAUUGUGGAAGAUACAUAAUAUUAAUUGUUCAUCAAGACUUUCUUUUUUCUUUAUAUUUGAUGUUUAACCUGCUCUUCUGAGAGACUAUAAUGUUAUAGUCUUAUAAGGGAGUGUAGAUCGUUUUAUUAUCAAGAUUAAAACAUCUUGUGGGGAAAAGAAUGUACUGUUAUUGGCAGGUAGAAAGAAAACCUUGGAAGAUAGACAGUGAUUCUACUAAAUCCUAGUCCCAUAUUAAACAGACCUAGGCCUUUUUCUCUUUUCUCAUAUCAGGAUUGUAAAAGCUAUUUUUUUAGAUUAUAUUCUAUUUAUUUUAUUUUAUUAAAUUUAUUUUUAUUUGAAGUAUAGUUGACAUACAAUAUUAUAUUAAUUUGAGGUAUACAACACAAUGAUCCAACAUUUAUAUGUAUUAUGACACCAUAAUAAGUAUAGUUUUACUAUCUGUACCAACAUUUAUAUGUAUUAUGACACCAUAAUAAGUAUAGUUUUACUAUCUGUACCAUUACAGUGUUACUGACUAUAUUCCCUGUGCUGUACUUUUCAUCCCCUGACUUACUUUAUAACUGGAAGUUUGUACUUCUUAGUCUCUUUCACUUAUUUCAUCUACUCCCCCCAUACCCUUCCCCCUGGGAAACUGGUGGUUAUCAGUAGAAGCUA